AUGAACAACUCUGGGGGCAAUCCAGCGUUAUCGGACGAAGAAAUAGCGGAUACAAUAUAUCGUAUCAGUAAAUUCAAGGUCUCAGAGUUGAAGGAUUUAGCCAGAUCGAUGGAACUAAGGUUGACAGGAAAGAAGCAAGAAAUUAGUGAUCGAAUAGUGUAUUUUUUUCAACAAGGAAGACAAGCGAAUGAUAAUUUCAGGUUGAUAAGUGUAAGAACGCUAGUUUUGAAGAAAGUGAAUCAUGAUCCAUUACCACCCUUCCUGGAUCUUUACAACUCUGUGAGGACUGGAGCUUAUGCAUUUACUGAUAUUAUUAAUCAAUAUUCGAAGAGCUCGGUGCCAAAAGAUGUAUGUGUUUCUGGAAAUGAAUCAAUCGCAUAUAAGGGACAUUCCGUAUACUUCAAACAGAGCCCUUUUUACACAAUAAUACGGCAAGUUCAUGGAGGUCCCCAAGCUGCAUUUCCAGCUAAGGGAAGAAGUGUCUGUGAGUAUAACUUUGUUUUGACUCCAGAGGAGAACGAAUUUUUAAGGUCCAAGAAUAACAGAAUUAAAUUUUAUCUUUUAUGUGGUGUACAAAGUAACAAAUCACCUUCUUCAACUGAAGCUCCCUUACAAUUUCCAAAUCCGCUAGAACUUCAUGUGAAUGGUAGGCUUUUAAAGGAAAAUGUGAAAGGAAUAAAAGGUAGACCUGGGACGGCUAAGCCAGCAGAUAUUACUUUGUACAUCAAAGGCAACCCGAGGGCGAAUAAGAUCCAAAUGGUGUACACAACUUCUAGUGAAACCUAUUUAUUAUACCUUUUCAUUGUUGACUCAAUACCUUGCAAAGAACUUGUUCAAAAAAUAAUGACCAAACCCCACAUACAUAAAGAGUCUACGAUUUCAAAAAUACGAAAUCAAAGUUCGUUGGAUGAAGAUGACGACAUCGUAGUAUCUACUUCAUCAGUCACUUUACGAGAUCCAUUAUCGUAUACCAAAAUGAAAUAUCCUACCCAAUCUAUAUAUUGUACACAUACAGAAUGCUUUGAUGGUCUUACUUUCCUAGAAUCUCAAUUACAGAUACCUACAUGGAGUUGUCCCCAUUGUCAGCAAGCGAUUAAAAUAGAGGAUUUGGCUAUCUCAGACUAUUUCCUUGAAAUCCUAAAUUCGGUGCCGAGUGACGUUGAUCAUGUCAUCGUAGCUGAAGAUGGAACAUGGAAAGUCGAGGAGAACAAUUCUGAUACACGGAGCCAGACUCCGGAUACCCACAUCAAAACGGAAAAGCAUAUUUCCAAAGAACCAAGCGUCAUCCCUGAAGGUGUCGAAGUAGUUUCAAUUGAUAGCGAAAGUGACGAUGACUCUCCCUCAGCUACAGCAGAUGCAAACAACUCAAGUUCUCGAAUCAACUCACAAAAGGAGUAUAGCAACUCUGCAAACUAUUCAAUACCGGCAAUCCUGAGAGAUAUUGCUCAUAGUCUGGGGCCACCUGUACAUGUCUCUGGUAAUGAAAACCAAUGGAAUCCGAAUGGUAACAUUAUUAAUGGCAUGUCUCCGAACGAAUAUCCUCAUGGGUCUCUCAGUUCGCUUUCUAUGCCUCCGACAUUCAAUCUUCCUUUGCCAAUCUUGAAUCAACAACUUCCAAUCAUGUCUUCCCUGUUUUCCAUUCCGCCUCGGGCUAGUUCUAGUCAACAAUACGGAAGCUAUGUAGGUAGAGGACCUAUCAUACAGGAACGAAAUCAAAACGAGAAUGAAGACACUGACAGUAUGGACACUGAAGACGAGAUACCAAUAUCUCAGGGCCAUAAGAUACGAUCAUCCACAUCUCGUAUUCCUGUCGUAGAAAGUACACCUGAUUCCCAAAGCUCAGCUUCAGAUCUGCACCAUCAACCCAAAGAAUCUUUUGCCAUUGGAGUUAACUCAGGAUUCGGAACUAAAUUUCUUCCAAAUAUCGAAAGCCAAGGACAACUGUUAGAUUUAAGCCAAAAGAAUAACUCGAGCAUGACAACCUCUGACCUUCCCUCAAUGAUGGAACCCACUGCGGCAGUUAAUGAACACCGUAGUGGAUCGUCUGUUACUUCGGUAUAUAAUAGCGAGGUUAGCCCAGGAAAUCAUGCACAAAAUCCGGAGAAUAACAAUAACGGGACCAACGAAAAAAAUAAUAGACCCACUUACUCUAGUCCAAAUAAUGUCUAUCCUGAAGGAAUGAAGGACAGGCUCGCAUAUCAAGACUCGCAUAGAAUACAACAGAGAGAACAAUAUGAGAAGCAUUUACAGAUGAAAAAUCAAUUUCAACAAAGCUUACUUAGACGAACCCGAAAUCAGGACAAUCAUGAUGAUCCUCAAUCGUUGGAUCGAACUAUUCCUCACGCUGAGACAAGUUUUCGAAAUAACCUGAAUGAGUUGAUUGAUAUACCUUUCCAAUCCUCGAAUGACGGAAAUCUGGAGUCACCUUAUCCUUCAUCAAUACUACAGAGAAGCAAAAGCCAAAAUGAAAUUGCAACUGCUUCAGUGACAUCUAAUGAACAGGAAGAGCACCAGCAAGCUCAUCCUGGGAUGAGAUAUUCUAAGCUGGCUUUUGAUCUCUUGAGUGAAGCUAGAAGAGUAUCUGACAGUUCUUCCGCGCCAGCACUGAAGAAACAAAAGUUAGUGGAAGACUUAAAUGGUAACAAUAGAGUUUCUGCUCUUAAUCUGCCUCAAGCACAGUCUGUAUCACCUCUCAAUUCGAAGAUUGGUACAAUGGCACUAGUCACUCCGAGGCCCAAUCGCAGGAUGCAGAAAAAUUCAGAAGAGACCACAUAA